CAGAGACCUCAGAGCUGUUACUUCUACAAAUGCAAAGUGAAACCCAGGACCUGCCAGCAAACAUGGACUUCGAUGGCCACCGGAUCUACAAUGCUGACGAUUUCGAAAGCAGCAGCCCUUUUUAUGAUUAUAAGUCAUCCACAGAGACCACUGAUGAAGCCCCAUGCAACCUACAAACAACAGUUAUGUUUGACCGCAGUUUCUUACCAGCAUUUUACAGUAUAGUGUUCCUUCUGGGAAUGUUAGGGAAUGUGCUUGUUUUGGUGGUGUUGCUGCAGAACCGUUGGAGGCUACAGAGCACCGACAUCUUUCUGCUACACCUGGCGUUGGCUGAUAUCCUACUGGUAGUCACCCUGCCUUUCUGGGCCACCCAGGCAGUGUCAGGCUGGAUUUUUGGAAAUGUGUUGUGUAAAAUGGUGGCCUCCAUUUUCAAGAUCAACUUCUACGCUUGCACCUUCCUUCUAGUCUGCAUCAGCUGUGAUCGUUAUCUGUCAAUAGUCUAUGCCGUACAGUUAUACAAGAAACACCGGACACACUUGGUUCAUUGGAGUUGCCUUCUUGUGUGGUGCCUGUGCAUUGGACUCAGUAUUCCAGACAUGGUGUAUUAUCGAGUUACCUACGAACCUCGUGCAAAUGUGACAGACUGCCAGCCCGACUUUGGCCACUUAGAUUCCAAAACCUGGAAAAUCUCCUUGACAUUUCUCUACCAUAUUGUAGGAUUCUUGAUCCCACUGUGCUUCAUGGUGUACUGCUACACUCAUAUCAUUCAUUCUCUGUGUCAAACUCAUGGAUUUAAGAAACAGAAAGCCCUACGAGUUGUUAUUGCUGUUGUGGUGAUUUUUUUCUUGUGUUGGACUCCAUACAACAUUGUGGCCCUGUUGGAUACAAUGAAUAUAUUGAAUGUUCUUCCUGAUAACUGCACCACAGACAGUAACAUUGAUAUUGCGCUAUCAGUCACAUCUGGCCUGUGCUAUUUCCAUUCCUGCCUCAACCCUCUGCUUUAUGCCUUUGUUGGGGCUAAAUUUAAGAUGAAGUUGGUUGAACUGUUGAACAAACUCAGCUGCAUUUGUCCUCAGAUUGUGAAGAAAUAUAUCAAGUACAACCCUCCAGCCAAACCUUCAACUUGGUCAGAAUCAGGAGAUACUACAGUAUCUGCAAUGUGAAAUGGUCUCCUGUAAGCACAAUAUCAGCUUCGAUAAUGGACUGGCCAUUGUAAUACUUAUGCUGGCUGCAGGGGGCUUUUCUGAAACAUAUUGAAAAAUUCAAAUGAAACUCUUUUUCACGCAUGGUUACAGCUUUUGCUCAUUUUGAAACAGCUUCAGCAAUGACUCAAUUCCAGGUCAUCUGUAAAGAAAAGUCGGCAUGUAGCAGGGCUCAUCAACUUCAUAACAGAACAAGGUUAUUUAAAUAAUGACAUCCACUGUGCAAUCGGCUGAUCCUUAAUUUGUAACUUAUAAAAAAUAUAUUGGUUGCUGUAGUAAGAAAAGGGCUGUUUGUAGCAGAAUCUUUGUGAAGAACAUACAAACCAGCAGCUUCAGCUGAAAUAUUGACUGUGUAGACCAGUAAUCCCCAACCAGCAGCUCGCAGGCAACAUUUUGCUCACCAAACACUUGGGGGCAGAUGUAUUAAAGGUAGAAUAUCGAGGGUUAAUUAACCCUCGAUAUUCGACUGGCGAAUUAAAAUUCUUUUGACUUCGAAUAUCGAAGUCGAAGGAUUUUGCGCAAUUCGUUCAAUCGAACUAUCAAAGGAAUAAUCGUUCGAUCAAACGAUUAAAUCCUUCGUAUCGAACAAUUCGAAGGAUUUUAAUCCGUCGAUCGAAGGAUUAUAGGAAAGCCUAUGGGAACCUUCCCUAUAGGCUAACAUAGACUUCGGUAGCUUUUAGGUGGCGAACUAGGGGGUCGAAGUUUUUUCUUAAAGAGACAGUACUUCGACUAUCGAAUGGUCGAAUAGUCAAACGAUUUUUAGUUCGAAUCCUUCAAUUCGAAGUCGUAGUCGAAGGACGAAGUAGCCCAUUCGAUGGUCGAAGUAGCCAAAAAAACACUUCGAAAUUCAAAGUUUUUUUUCUUCUAUUCCUUCACUCGAACUUAGUGAAUGGGCCCCUUGGCUGUUGCUCCCAAUGGCCUCAAAGCAGGUGCAUAUUUUUAAAUUCUGGGCUUGAAGGCAAGAUUUGGUUGUGUGAAAACCAGGUUUAUGGCCACACAGACCUCCCUGUAGGCUGCCAGUCCACAUAGGGGCAAUCACAGCCUUUAUUUGGCAUACCCUGUGACCUUUCUCAUCUUUGGGAUGCUUGAGUUGAGCCACAGUGAGCCCCCUACAACCCCACCAAUUCCAAAAAUUGACAAGAAAUGUGUGCACCCAUGUUGUGCACUGUUAUAAGUAUAGAUAUGGGACCUGUUGUCCAGAAUGCUCGGGACCUGGAGUUUUCCAGAUCCGUUUCUGUAAUUUGGAUCUUCAUACCUUAAGUCUAUUAGAAAAUCAUGUAAACAUUAAAUAAACCCAAUAGGCUGGUUUUGCUUCCAAUAAGAAUUAAUUAUAUCUUAGUUUGGAUCAAGUACAAGCUACUGUUUUAUUAUUACAGAGAAAAGAGUCAUCAUUUUAAAAUAUUUGGAUUAUUUCGAUAAAAUUGAGUCUAUGGGAGAUGACCUUGCCUUAAUUCAGAAAUGUUUGCAUAACAGGUUUUCAGAUAACAGAUCCCAUACCUGUAUAUAAUACACAAAAGCCAUGAGUAUACCGUAGAUGCUAUCCUAAUAAAUAAUGCUUAGUGUUGUCAUUAGUUACAAUUGGGGUACAUUAUUCACUAUAUAAACUGUGCUUAGUGGUGCCAUCAGUUAUAAUCAGUGAUCAGUGAUUAGUAUCAUGUGUCACAUGAUCACUUCUAAUAUCCUCAUAUUGUACAACAGGGGUGUACGUUAUAACAAAUCACGUACACCCCUGUUGUACAAUAUGAGGAUAUUAGAAGUCAUGUUGGAGGUUUAUGGCUUUUAUAAAAGCUCUAUGCUUUUUGCUUUGUGCCUUUAUAUGGUCAUGGAACUCCUUGGUGACUUAUAAUAUCCUCAUAUUUUUACAACAGGGGGUACAAUAUUCAUUAUAUUAUGGUAUAUUUCUCUGUCAAUAUGGCAUGAAAGCAUGAAGCUAAUAUUUUAGCUGUAUAUAGAUUUUAAUUAAACAGAUAUAAAUGCAUACAGUAUAUAUAUACUGUAUAUAUAUAUAUAUAUAAAUAUAUAUUUGUACUCAGAAUGCUAAUACGUUUCUGUAUUAGUCAUAGUUGGCAUAAACAAACGCAGCAAAUAAUAGCAGUAAUAAAUAAAUGUAAUGAGAUAUGUAGAAAAAAAAUUAAAUACUGACAUAGAGUAAAGCAGACUCUGUUCUUCUGAAAAUAACUUCUCACUGUGAAACAUUACCAUCUCAGAGUCUUUUCAAUGCAGAACUCUUUUGGCUAAAAAAGAUUUCAGAUUAAACUCGGUUUCUCAUCAACAGUUUUAGAGAAUAGGGUCACGGUGACCUGGAAAAAGAGGAGUCCCUAGAAAGCAUUCACAGCCCAACAAGUCACCCCAACCUUCACCCAUGUGGAGGCGGCAGAGUGCUGUUCAGGGGUAGCACACAUUAAUCAAAAUGAACACAAUGAAAUCAGUCUGUGGAAAAUCAAUAUUUACCCUCAGUUGUGAUCUGUGAUAAUUUGAUGGGCCACUUGGAUGGACAGAUCAAAGUUGCUGCGUCAGUCGCAGUCAGACUAGUACAAGAAAAAUUCUUAUUGGCUGCAAUAGUUUACUACUCCUGAGUCCCAUUUAUUCCAGUUUUUGUUGUAAAAUAAAUAAUAUAUUC